CCAACAGUCUGACAGGCAUGGCCGAAGAAAUUCCACUUUUUCCGAAAGCUGAGUCGAUGCUCAUUAACAGCGGAAACAUCGUUAACUGGAACCGUUUGAAAAGGAACCCCAAACAAACUCCUGACGAAGAGUUGGCAGAAUGUAUAAAUGAAACCCUGGAAAAUUUUUUGACAUCAGCGGACAAAACUGAGUUACAGUAUGUCACAGACCUGGUGUGUGUGCACUCAAAAUUCAAAGAAACCAUUCCUUCAGCUGAACGUGAUGAAUUAAAAUUGACAGGUAUGAUGUUUUUAGAAUUUACUGUAGGCAUGGCAACCAAAAUGAAAGUCUCUUUGUGCAAUUUGCAGUCCCCAUCUCACAUAACAGAGGCCAUUGACAAAACGAUGUCACAGCUAGAUGUAACUUUCAUCGAGACUGUGUUGCUGUCAUUCCCGGGCAGAGAGGAGGAGUUAACUUUAGAGGAGAUUCAGCCAUAUUGGCAGGUGUUGGAGGGUCUAGUGGAGGGGGAAUCAGCAUCUGUCCUGUCAAUCGGUGUCAGUGAUUUAUCAACCAAUCAGCUCAAACAGCUUUACCAGUGGGCUCAGGUAAAGCCGAUUAUUAAUCAGGUGAACCUGGCCUCUUGCUGUGUGAUGCCACCUGACAUGGUAGAGUUUGCUAAGCUUAAUGACAUCCAGCUGUUGACGCACAGUGAUCCUCCAGAUGUUUUGCCUCAGAGUAGCUUCCGUGAUCUGAUUGCGGCAAACAGCACCAGCAGAGACGCCGAGAAAUGGAAAGCACUGUGGUCUGUCCGUUACUCCGUCCUGGUGAAGUGUCGCGGAAUCGUGAAAACGAAGGGUUACAUUGUUAAGGCUGUGCGAGACAUGAAAAGGCAAAACUGAUAAUACACAUGUACUAAACUUGUGGUUAAUUGUUUUUAUAUGUACAUGUACGAAGUUAGUCAGAAGGAAGGACCAAUGUGGACGUGUGGUAUGUACUAACAGUUGUCUCCCCUGAAUGCAAGCUGGUGUGUAUAUACUUAAACCAGAGCCUAUUAUGUAAGAAUUCGUGUUGUUUGCUGUAGAUUGUUUUCCUUGUAAACUAAGAGGUGGAACUAUAUGUUUCUAACAGCAAAAUAAAAUUGUGGGUGCUAAACUUGACCAGAACUUACAAUGGAAGCAUCCAGUUUUUUUUUGUUUUUUUUUUCCAGUUAGCCCUGGACAACCAACUGGACAUUUAUUGCCCAUUGGCCGCGAAGUCCAAUAAAAAGGGAAGAGUGUUAACCCACAAACUUAAAUUUAGCAAUAAAACUUAAGGCAUGUCCUAAUAUCAACCUUAACAGCAUCAGUGGGGACUUAUAUGAUUGCAGAAACAGUUGUCUCCCCUGAUUUCGCUCCUUCCCCUUUGCCUUUAGCCUAACUUACUGCCUUUUAGCCUAACUGGAAAAAUUAAAUUUUAAAUGCUGAAGUUUCCUAGAAUUUCUGAAGGAAGAAUCAAUUUGUAUUACUGUUAAAGCAGCAUUUGUCUCCCCUGAAAGAAUUUUGCCUACUUAUAGAUUACUUUCACCCUCAGCUAAGAAUUUUUCUAUUUGUAACAUUCGACAGGCUCUAGUUUAAAAUAAUAUGAAAACAUAAUUGUUUAUCCGUUUUAAAGAAAUGAAAAUCAUGUAAGUUGGAAUUAGCUUGUUUGUAUAUGUUUUUUUUUUUUUGUUCCAUUUGCUGGAAGGUAUUAAGGAAGAAAUGUUCAGGAUUUAUAAGAAGCAUUUCAGUUUCGACUCAUCUGUGUGUAUUUGACUGUGCAGCGUUUCAGUUUUUCACAUGUUGAAACGAGGUUCUGAUCUGAAAUCAGUGAGUGGUGAGGUACAUUACACAUUCCCCUGAUCUCGUACCAGCAAUUAACAUACCAACAGCCAUCCAGGUCUUCAAAAAAUGUCAGAAACAAAAGAAGUAUAAUGCUAAAAUUGUCACGAUUUGGUACUGGGUCUAUUUAAUAAGGGUAAAAAAAAUAAUUAAACAUUAUUUCUGAAUUCGUCUCUUUAGCCU